AUGGACAGCACACCAACACAGAGAAGGCAGCCGACGCCCGUCUUUCUCUUUGCUCAUGGGUCUACCAUGAUGCUUGGAGAAGACUCAGAGCCUGCAAGGAUCUGGGAGAACGUUGGCAAUGAAUGCUUACGCCGGGGCGUCAAACGUAUUGUCAUGAUGGGCGCCCACUGGGACUCUCCCUAUGACAUUGUCCGAGUCAGCAUGAAUCCGGCCGCAAAGAAAGACCCCGUCGGGAGCGUCACAGAGGCUCGCUACAUGCCAUACAAGAUGGUGGCUGACCUGCAAGGAGGCGAGCGUGUCAUCAACAUGCUGCAAGCCGCCGGAAUCAAUGCCCAGGCUGAUCAUCAUUUCGAAUGGGUGCAUGACACAUAUCUCAUUGUCAUCCGCAUGUUCCCCCACUGUCUUCCACUGCCAACGACAAUCGUGUCGAUGAAUGCUCGAUACGAUCCCCACCUACAUGCUAAGAUUGGAGCUUGUCUCCGGCCAUUGCGAUAUGAAGACACAGUCAUCAUUGGAAGCGGAGGUUCAGUUCACAAUCUCUAUCAGAACCAUUGGUACCAGAUGAUUAAGUAUCGGGAUAACUUUGCCCAACCCGUUCCUCCUGGAAAUUGGGCCCUAGAGUUCCGACAGGCAGUGGAAGAUGCUGUAACGCAAAAUAAGGGCCCGUCAUUGAGGCGGGCCGCGACAAGACUCAUGAAGCAUCCUCGAUACAAAGAAGCUCAUGGAACCGACGAUCAUUUUAUGGCCACCAUGUUUGCGGCUGGCGCAGCAGGAGACGAGGAGGACCAGGGCCCGAACACAUUCAUGGGCGAAUGCUGGGAGCUAGUGAACAUGUGUAAUAGCCAGUAUCAGCUUGGAAGUUGGGAUUAG